UUGCAAGGCAGGCAGGCAGGCAGUAGCUUGACUUUGUGGGCAUCUUCUAUUGGUGGUGAAGCUUGCGAGCCCAGCCAGCCUUCUUGGAUAUUCAAGGGGUGGAUCGGGCAAGGAGUUCGAAGAAGUGAAAAAGUGCGUGUGUGAUUACGGAUUCUCUUCAAGGACGAAGCACCAGCAGCCUCUACAGAGAAAGGAGGAUGAGCAAUUCGAUAGCCAACAGGACUUGACGGUGCAUAUCAAGCCCCCUUUGUCGUCAGCUGCUUCUACUCGUAGAGGCAUUUGGGAAGAUUGGCCAGAGUGCACUCUAGCACUGCAUAUUUAUCUUGCGUUGCAAAAUGACGUGACGUGAUGACGGUGAUGAUGAUAAUGUGGAGAUGUGCCAUAUUUAAGUAGAGAGAAAACGCAUGAAAACAGAUCGUCUCGAUUAGUAUAGGGUGCCAUGCCAGUAGUGGAAACGAAAAGUUUUGUUUUAGGUUUUGGUGUCACUCAGGGGUGGACAGCCACAAAGUAGGCGACCUCUAUUUUUCUGUUUGUUCUCGAUAUCGGUCGACUCGACUCGUUGUUACCUACCUUAAAUAGCAUUGCAGAAGAGUCCGGAAGUGUUAUGGAACCUCUCUAAGCGAAGUCAGUCAGUACUUAGGCAUCGGCAGUGAUUAUGUGUGUUAGUUCGGUUCGUCAAUUUUGCACGCGGUACUCUUAGCCGAGAUAGUCAUUAAUGUUGAACGAGCUUGUUCAGUGAAAACAUUUAAGCCGAAAUUGCGUCAGAAAUAAGAAAAAAAAAAGUGUUAUGAUCAUAUCCCAUCGAGAAAGGGUAAAAGCAUCUCGUAGUGAUUCAGCGGAUUCCGACGGAAUCGAAGGUGAAUCCCACUUUUUUGCAGGAGCUUGAUUGUGUAGUGGUGAAGAUACAUACUAUGUGUUUGGGUAUCGCUUCUUCAUUGGCUACUGGUGCUUGGCAGUGACGACGAAUGAUUCUUCGAGAAUCAGUGCUGCCUUUGUUCUGCACUGGACACUAUUACGCACCUAUAUUGCGUGGAUUCGUCGAAGGGCUGCUCGCGUUGAGAACCGGAAGGGCUCCAAUCUUCACCACCGUGACCAACCGACAAGCAACAAUCACCACACCGCCGGUUCAGUAGCUAGUUUACUUAACGACAAUUAUUUGUUUUAUCGUACGUCUAGUGUGUAGUGCGUAGGUUCGCCGAGCGAACUGAUUUCUUUAGAGGUUUUUAUUAAGUAGUCGCCCAACAACAGCGCUAAAAUGGCCAAAUUCAGCGGAAAAAAGUGCCGCCUGCUCACUGUGAUGACCCUGACGGUGUUCUUCUUCUUCGUCGAAAUCGUCGUCGGAUAUCUCACCAACUCGAUGGCCCUGGUGGCCGACAGUUUUCACAUGCUGGGUGACAUUGCUGCCCUUGUGAUCUCCUUCCUAUCAAUUAAGAUGUCACCAAAGAAAUGGUCCAAAAACACGUUCGGCUGGGCCAGAGCGGAAGUGCUCGGCGCGCUGGUCAAUGCAGUAUUCCUGGUAGCGCUUUGCUUCAGCAUAACGAUAGAAGCCUGCAAACGAUUUAUUGAAGUGGAACACAUACACGAACCGGAGCUGCUGAUCUGGGUUGGUGUCAUCGGACUGCUAGUCAACCUAUUGGGACUAUGCUUGCUGCACAAACACGGAGGCGGCCACAUGCACUCGCACGGUGGAAUGUCCCAUCAGCACGGCCUGGGUUCCCAUAACAAUCUGUCCCAUGUGGCCAAUUCGGACGACAAUGAGAAUAAAUCAUUCAUGUAUCAGAAUGGCAAUACUCCACCGAAAAAGAGUUCCCACCACGGCCACUCGCACGACUCAUCCCAGAUGAAUAUGCGAGGCGCAUUCCUGCACGUGCUCAGCGACGCCCUCGGCAGUGUGAUUGUGAUAAUCAGUGCGCUGGUCGUCCGCUUCACCGAAUGGGAGUACAAGCUGUACAUGGACCCGGCCCUCUCGAUUCUGCUGGUCGUACUGAUUCUAAACUCGGUAUGGCCACUGUUGCGGGAGUCGGCGUUGAUUCUGCUGCAAACCGUGCCGACCCACAUUCAGGUCGAUGCCAUCCAGCGGCGCCUGCUGGAGAAGGUGGACGGGGUGCUGGCGGUGCAUGAGUUCCACGUGUGGCAGCUGGCCGGCGACAGGAUUAUCGCUUCCGCUCACAUCCGCUGCCGGAACCUGUCCGAGUACAUGAAGAUCGCCGAGAAGGUGAAGGAGUUUUUCCACAACGAAGGCAUCCACUCGACCACGAUUCAGCCGGAGUUUGUCGAAAUCGAAGCACUCAACAGCUAUUCGGGAUCCGACGGAAUCUCGACCAGCUUGAACGGUAGUGCUACACAGGACUGUUGCGCUCUAGACUGCCCAACUACUGACGAAAGUAAUUGUAUCAAAGCCACAUGCUGCCAAAACAACAAUACCAUUAAGAACCAACCAUCUUCACCAGCACCUUCGCCGUAUUUGUGUCGCCAAAGAAAUCCGAGAACUGGAGAUGAUGUCGAAUCAGGUUCCUUAUUGGACCAAGCCAAUCAGACAUCCGGCUCGGUAGACGUGGACGGAAACGGCAUGCCAAAGCUGACAGUCUGACAGGCGACGACCGAAGAUCUUCUGCACUCAACUCGUACUUUUCCUCGUUCAGCUUCGCCUUCCGUGUCCUACCGUUGUCCCAACCCGUCGUACUCUGGACCACCGUACCAGAAUAAUCAACAUCAACGUCCCGGGUCAUCGUCGUCGUUGUCCUUUGUGAAGAGCAGUAGUUCUUUGUGCAAACAACCACUUUCCCCACUUGCAGGCUGUGAUGGUCGACGUAAAAUAUUUAACCUAAGCUCUAGUAGUAACCUUAAUGCCGAUGACGGGCCUGUUUUUAGUGGUGGCCAUUCCGUCGUCAGUAGUGCUAAUUUUAGUGGUAUCAGUAAGUUGAAUCGAGCGCCAAACAAGUCCGCCAACAUGCUGCUGGGAGGAACAUCGUCGCUGACCUCGUCCCUGGCCUCGAUCUGUUCACUGUCCGGAACAACCGGCGGCAGUGGACGCCAGGACAGAUUAGGGGGACAAAGUGGACAAUGUUCUAUGAGUGGAACCGGUGGCGGCGUUGACGGUAAUUUGUCCAAAGGACGGCAUUUCAGCUUACCGGUGGCCUCCAGUAGUUUGCUGGAUAGUUACGUAAAUGGUUCCGAUUCGCCCCUGCGGAAUCUUUAUUGUCAGUGUAAGCAUCAUGCCGCGAAGUGAGAGAAUCACCUUUACACGCUACUGGUAGGAUUAAUUAGUAUUUUUUGUCUGACAUAGGAACAACAAAUUUGAACAAUAGACUCGAGUGUGAGUAGGUUGAGUUCGUACAAGGGAGACUUUUUGUGAGUUUUCGAUUAGGUUCUUAUGUUGUAUUUUCGACUCUUGAGAACAAACAAAUAGAUCUAGUUUGUUGGUAGAUAACAAAGAAGAUUUUUAUAUGAUAAAUAAACAAAGUAUUUUAUGUCCUAGUACAAUUGAUACUAAAAUUCUAAGAGAAUACGUUGACGUGCAAUCGUUUA